ACGGUGGAACAGAACAAACCAUUGAGGGCAAAGUCCCGGGCCACAGAGUAGGACCAGGACACAGACACCCUGAAGCGAGUCUGCUCUUUGCUGCAUCUGACUGCGUUCAAGCAGGGUUUCAUGAGGCGAUGGCCAAACACAGACAAUCCCAGACCUUCGGGGUUUGAGCUGGGCAGGAGGGAGGGCGAGGCCCAGGGUGCCAGGGCUCGACAUGUAGGCUUCGGCUUCGUGGAGGAGGGCUGGCGAAGCUGGAGUCGGAUAUGAAUGAGGGGGACGACGUUCCUGGCAGAGGGAACCCAGGGAAGCAAAGGCCUGGGGGCGUGGUCGGGGCUUCUGGUUUGCUCCGGGAUGCUGACACCCGGGAUGCUGACACCCGCAGCUGAGUGGCUGCGGUUCGAGAAAAGGGGCGGUCCGAGAGACCCCGGGGGCGGAGAUGGGUCACAGAUCCCAAGCCGAGGCCUGGAGGGGGCGGGGCCCGUUGAUGGAGCAAUAAAAUGGGCCCAGAAGGCGGUGACCACCUUUUGGGCAGUACAAGUUAGGGGCUCGAGCCCCGGCACCCCGCCGCUCCCUCCUCGAGCAAACCGACCUUUCCUGCCCAGCUGGGCCUGCGCGCAGGUGCGGGGCUCAGAGCCCCGCCCCGAGGCGGAGAGAGCCCGCCCCCCUGCGCCCCCGGCGGCCCAGCCCCCACUCCGCGUCUGCCGCGCCUGCCGGGCGUGCUGUCCCAGAGUCCACGUCUGUCUGUGCGUCCGAUUGCACCAAGAUCAGGGCUUGGGGGCCUCGAAGGGGGCGUCAGUACCCGGCUGCGUAGACGUGGCCCCGGCCUCGGCAUGAAGUCCCGCAGGGACAAGCUGCACAUCCCGGCGCUGACCCUCGAUCUGUCUCCAAGCAGCCAGAGCCCGUCCUUGCUGAGCCCCAGCAGCCCCUGCAGCCCCUGCAGCCCCUCGCUGGGCCUGCACCCCUGGAGUUGCCGCAGUGGGAACCGCAAGAGCCUAGUGGUAGGAACACCUUCACCGACCCUUUCCAGGCCCCUCUCACCACUGUCGGUCCCAACAGCAGGCAGCAGCCCUCUAGACAGUCCUCGGAACUUCUCAGCUGCAUCCGCUGUCAACUUCCCUUUUGCCAGGAGUCACAUCCCACGCACAGACAGGGCUGACGGCAGAAGAUGGUCCCUUGCAUCCCUCCCGUCUUCUGGCUAUGGAACCAACACGCCCAGCUCCACUGUCUCGUCGAGCUCAUCCUCCCGGGAGCGGCUCCACCAGCUUCCUUUCCAACCGACGCCAGACGAACUGUGCUUCCUGUCCAAGCAUUUCCGCAGCUCAGAGAGUGUGGCUGAUGAGGAGGGCGGCCACCGCUCACCUCGCCUUCGCCCCCGCUCCCGCAGCCUCAGCCCUGGACGCACAACAGGGACCUUCGACAAUGAGAUCGUCAUGAUGAAUCAUGUGUACCGGGAAAGAUUCCCCAAGGCCACGGCACAGAUGGAGGGCCGUCUGCAGGAGUUCCUGGCCACCUUCUCGCCUGGCGCCCGGCUGGCACUGGCUGAUGGCGUGCUGGGUUUCAUCCACCACCAAAUCAUUGAGCUGGCCCGCGACUGCCUAGCCAAGUCUGGAGAGGCGCUUGUCACCUCCCGCUACUUCCUGGAGAUGCAGGAGAAGCUGGAGAGGCUGCUGCAGGAUGCCCACGAGCGCUCAGACAGUGAGGAAGUUGGCUUCAUUGUCCAGCUUGUCCGAAAGCUGUUGAUCAUCAUCUCAAGGCCAGCGAGGCUCCUUGAAUGCCUGGAGUUUGACCCUGAGGAGUUUUACCACCUGCUGGAGGCUGCCGAGGGCCAGGCCCGCGAGGGCCAGGGCAUCAAGACGGACCUGCCGCAGUACAUCAUUGGGCAGCUGGGCCUAGCUAAGGACCCCCUCCAGGAGAUGGUGCCUCUGAGUCACCUUGAUGACAGUGGAGGGCAGCCCCCAGCACCCGAGUCCCCAGAGAGUCGUGCCCUGGUUGGCCCUUCACGGAGGAAACCAUGUGAGAGUGACUUUGAGACUAUCAAACUGAUUAGCAAUGGAGCUUAUGGGGCUGUCUACCUGGUGCGGCACCGGGACACCAGGCAGCGCUUCGCCAUCAAGAAGAUCAACAAGCAGAACCUGAUCCUGCGCAACCAGAUCCAGCAGGUCUUCGUGGAGCGCGACAUCCUCACCUUCGCCGAGAAUCCCUUUGUGGUCAGCAUGUUCUGCUCCUUUGAGACCCGGCGCCACUUAUGCAUGGUCAUGGAGUAUGUGGAAGGUGGGGACUGUGCCACCCUCCUAAAGAACAUGGGCCCGCUGCCCGUGGACAUGGCCCGCAUGUACUUUGCGGAGACGGUGCUGGCGCUGGAGUACCUGCAUAACUACGGGAUUGUGCACCGGGACCUCAAGCCUGACAACCUGCUCAUCACCUCUCUUGGCCACAUCAAGCUCACUGACUUCGGCCUGUCUAAGAUCGGGCUCAUGAGCAUGGCCACCAACCUCUACGAGGGCCACAUCGAGAAGGACACUCGGGAGUUCGUGGACAAGCAGGUGUGUGGGACGCCUGAGUACAUUGCCCCCGAGGUGAUCUUCCGCCAGGGCUACGGGAAGCCAGUGGACUGGUGGGCCAUGGGCGUCGUCCUCUACGAAUUCCUGGUGGGCUGUGUGCCAUUCUUUGGAGAUACCCCCGAGGAGCUCUUUGGCCAGGUGGUCAGUGAUGAGAUCAUGUGGCCAGAGGGGGACGAGGCCCUUCCAGCUGAUGCCCAGGACCUUAUCACCAGACUGCUUCGGCAGAGCCCGCUGGACCGUCUGGGCACUGGUGGCACCCACGAAGUAAAGCAGCACCCCUUCUUCUGGACCCUGGACUGGGCGGGGCUUCUGCGACACAAAGCCGAGUUCGUGCCACAGCUUGAGGCCGAGGAUGACACGAGCUAUUUCGACACGCGCUCAGAGCGUUACCGCCACCUGGGCUCUGAGGACGAUGAGACCAACGACGAGGAGUCAUCCACGGAGAUCCCCCAGUUCUCUUCCUGUUCCCACCGCUUUAGCAAGGUCUACAGCAGCUCUGAGUUCUUGGCUGCCCAGCCCACCCCAACCUUUGCGGAACGAAGCUUCAGUGAGGAUCAGGAAGAAGGGUGGGAUCGGAGCAGCGAGGGGGACUAUGGGCGCCAGCUGAGCACCGAGGUCCGGCUGAGGUCCUGCACGUCCUCCGGUUCCUCCUGCCACUCAUCCUCCUCCCAGCCUGAGCGGGGCCCUAGCCCAUCUCUCCUGAGCACCAUCAGCCUGGAUACAAUGCCCAAGUUUGCCUUCUCAUCAGAGGAUGAGGGAGCCGGCCCAGCCCCUGUGGCCAAAAGGCCCAUCUUCAUUCUAGGGGAGCCUGACCCACCCCCAGCAGCCACCCCCGUGAUGCCUAAGCCCUCUUCCAGCCUUUCUGCUGACACAGCAGCCCUCAGCCACGCGCGCCUACGAAGCAACAGCACUGGCGCACGACACUCCACGCCACGGGCCCUGGACGCCGGUCGGGGCCGCCGCCUUGGGGGCCCAAGAGACUCAGCCCCUGAGAAAUCCAGGACCUCCCCCAGUGGGGGCCGCGUGCCCAAAUCAGCCUCCGUGUCCGCCCUGUCGCUCAUUAUCACGGCAGAUGACGGCAGUGGCGGCCCCCUCAUGAGUCCCCUGUCCCCACGCUCGCUGUCCUCGAACCCGUCGUCCCGUGACUCCUCUCCCAGCCGAGACCCUUCCCCCGUGUGUGGCAGCCUGCGGCCCCCUAUUGUCAUCCACAGCUCGGGCAAGAAGUAUGGCUUCAGCCUGCGGGCAAUCCGAGUCUACAUGGGCGACAGUGAUGUCUACACUGUGCACCACGUGGUGUGGAGCGUGGAGGAGGGAAGCCCCGCCCAGGAGGCGGGCCUGCGAGCCGGAGACCUCAUCACCCACAUCAAUGGGGAGUCGGUCCUGGGGCUGGUACACAUGGACGUCGUGGAGCUGCUGCUGAAGAGUGGCAACAAGAUUGCCCUUCGGACCACGGCCCUGGAGAACACCUCCAUCAAGGUGGGCCCUGCACGGAAGAAUGUGACCAAGGGCCGCAUGGCGCGCAGGAGCAAGCGGAGCCGAAGGCGGGAGACACAGGACCGACGGAAGUCACUCUUCAAGAAGAUCUCAAAACAGUCAUCCGUGCUGCACACCAGCCGCAGCUUCUCCUCCGGCCUCCACCAUUCCCUGUCAUCCAGCGAGAGCCUCCCAGGCUCACCCACCCACAGCCUCUCCCCCAGCCCCACCACGCCCUGCCGCAGCCCAGCUCCUGAUGCCCCAGCAGACACAGCCUCUCCACCCAGUGCAUCCCCAAGCUCCAGCAGCCCUGCAUCUCCAGCUGCCGCUGGCCAUACCCGCCCCAGCUCCUUGCAUGGCCUGGCCGCCAAACUUGGACCACCUCGCCCCAAAGCUGGCCGCCGCAAGUCCACCAGCAGCAUCCCGCCCUCCCCACUGGCCUGCCCGCCUGUGCCUCCGCCCCCACCCCGCUCACCUUCGCCCCUGCCAGGCCACCUGCCUGCACCCGCACGGUCCCCAAGGUUGCGCCGAGGCCAGUCAGCUGACAAGCUGGGUACAGGUGAGCGGCUGGACGGGGAGCUGGGGCGCCGCAGCCGCGGGCCGGACUCUGAGCUGGUGGUCAUGCGGCGGCUGCAUCUGUCUGAGCGCCGAGACUCCUUCAAGAAGCAGGAGGCUGUGCAGGAGGUGAGCUUUGAUGAACCACCUGAGGAGGCUGCAGGGCCACCCCCCUUAGUGCCGCAGAUCGCCGUGGAGGGGGCUGAGGCCAUUCCAGGAGCCCUUGGACCUGCUGGGAAAGACUAAUCCGUCCUACCUGGCCUCUCCCUGGCCUGGAAGCUGUGCAUUUUUUGUGGAAUGUUUUUUUCCAUAAAUUGACAUCUGGAUGGAGACUGAGCCUGUGACACCUGGAAGAUGAUGAGAAGCCAUCACAGUUAUUGCUGGAAGGUGUAGAAAGUGCCUCCUCCCUUGUGUUCUGGAGCCGAUCAAUCAGGGGGUCAUAGGGGCAGGAAUGGGAGACCAGGGUGGCAUUGUAAAUAGCAGCAAAUCCCUGCAACUAAUUUAUUACUUUUUAUAAGCGAUAGCCAGACUGAGCCGCCACUGUUAAGGCGGCUGCCCAGGUCCUGCUCCAUGCACCUGGGACCCAUUUGUAGACCCUGCCCCCUGGGCUGAGAAGGAAGCACUUUGGACAAGUCACGUGUGUUCAUGUUUUCUUGUUUUUCUGUACUUUUAAAGUUGUUUUGUGUUACUUGAUCCCAUCCCUGACUCAAGACCCACAGGUUUGAAGGAUUACAGCCAAGCUUACCUGUCCAGGCCCAAUUUGGGUGACUUGGAGAGUCCACAAACAGAGUUCCCCCUCCACGGCAAAGCAAAGUAGUCCUGAUGAUGGACUGGAUUCUGAAGGCUACUACCCAUCAUCAUUGUCUCCAUCCCUCGGCCAACUGUGCCUGAGUCUGCGUCCAAUCCGAUGGGCUUAAGGGGAUGUGGGCUGGGGAUUUGAUGUAUGUGUAGAAGUUCACCAGAUUUAGGCAGAGGGGUCGCCCACUUCACAGCCAGACACUGGUGCCCUGGCAGGCAGAGACCUCAAAGGGUACUUCAGGGUAGCAUAAGGAUGUCCACCCUGGACAAGAUUUUUUUGUGUUUGAUGCCCACCGGGGUGAACCCUUGACCAUGAUGUGUCUGAAACCCCUCCCCCCCCCAGGGGGGUGCCCUCCAUGUGUCAGAGCCUCCCCGGGAUGAAAUUUGAGUGAGAAAGUCCAACCAGGGGUCAGUGAGGCCAAAGUUUGAAUCUUGGCUUCACAUUUGGCUCUGGGAAAAUGGCUUCCCAGCUCUGUGCCUCGGUAUCCUUGUGUUUACAAAGCUAAUCCCAAUGACUAUUUAUUAAGCACCUACUGUAUGCCAAGCGCUUUUACUCGUGGCUUCUCCCUCAGCCAGUCUUAAGAAGGCUAGAAGUGGUGUUCUCAUCCUUAUUUUACAGACAAAUAACUAAGGUCUGGGGAGAGGCAGAGGUUUGUCCCAUGAUUGCCUGGUGAGAGUCAUGCAGCCAGGCUCUGUCUCUCUGGAGCUUGGAUCUAAUGUCAGAGCAGAUUCCAGCUCUCUCUGGGCACCUCAGAGCCUCCCUUUCUCCCAUUUGUGGGUUGUUAGCAAGAUCUCUGUGUCCUACGUGGUGAGGGCACUUUCCAGGCACUGCAGCCCAGUCUGCAUUCCUUCUGGAGACACCCAUGCAGCACCACCUAGUGUUGGAGCUAGACCAAGGCUGUGCAUGACUUGCUCCCGCCUUCCACCCCGGAGCUGACAGUGAAUAAAAGCCCACAUUUACAAAAAGGAGGUCCAAUGUCUGGAUUUAUGAGGGGCCAAGAAAAGGGUAAGGGAAGAGUGGGGUGGAGGCGGGAUGAAAACAGACCCGUGGCUCAAAGUCACUUGAAGUGGGUUUUGAAGGCUGCUGGGAGUUCAUCAUUGAGCUGCCCUCUCCGUGUACCCAUCAGAGUACCCACCAGAGGCUCUGUCCUUCAGGGCUUCGUCUGGGGCCCCGAAGCUGUGUCAAUAAAUAAACCAUCUGUGUCCUUUUUA